AUGAACGCCUCUUUUGCACCAGGGGGGGUGCUAGCGGGGGGCCUGCACGCAGUGUCUGGACCCGACCACCUAGCCGCGCUGCUGCCGCGCAUCAUGGGGCAGAAGUGGCACAAGUCGAUGAGAAUCGGGGCCACGUGGGGACUUGGCCACGGCUUCAGCGCCACGGUCAUCGGACUUGCGGCGUUUUUCUUCAAGGACCGGCUGGGGCUCGGGCAUAACAAACGGCUCGUGGCCAUGAUGGGCAGCUGGACGGAGGGUCUGGUUGGCGUCUCCCUCAUCGCCAUCGGACUCCUGGGCCUCAAGGAAUCCCUCCUAGACUACGACGAAACCCCUGCCUACGAGGCGAAGAGCGCGGGCAGCGCGGUAGUGGAAGGGGGCGGAGCGCCGGGGGGCGGAGGCAUGACGAAGAGCCGCGGGGGGGGGAGGGCCAUCUUCUUUAACGGAGUGCUUCACGGGUUCUCGUGGGACGGGGCCCCGAGCCUGGCGCCGGCGCUCGCGCUGUCGUCGUGGGGGAGCGUGCUGUGGUUCCUUCUCGCGUACUGCUCGGGGACGAUGGUGGCCAUGUCGGCGACCACUACCUUGAUCGGGGAGGGUAGCGUAAGAGUUGGCAAGGCCUUGGACCAGCCGGACAUACCGAGGAAGCUUUCGGUGGUCUCGUCCUUCGUGGCCAUCGCCAUCGGUGCCGUUUGGCUGGCGAAGGCGGUGUUCUUUUAACUUGUUUUCCGGAGUUCCAGGAGGACACGAUUUUGAGACUACAUACAAGAGCUCCCCGUUCUGGCUAUCGAGGCAGAGCAAUACAAUGAUGUGAAAGGCGGGAGCAAGCACUUCCUUGCGAUUUAGGGUACUAUAGCAAAAAGGGAGUAUGGGUGGGAGAAUAGCAUGUGGACUUUGCAGAGAUCGGAACGGGAGACGCCUUGGAAACUGUCGGAAUAAUUAGUACUUACACCAGAGUUUGCAGUUUUUCUGGGCAACUAGAAAUGGUAGCCCAGUGCUUGGCGUCGACGUUGGCCUUGAAGGUGGCGUGUGGGUAGCAGUUUGUUGCAUAGUGUCGGGGCUCGAAAAAUACGACGGCGCUUGCCUUGCAGUAUUGGUUCUCGAUGCCGAUUUGAGACAAUGUCGAGCAGUUGGCUUGUCUCUAGAAUGCGCGUGCAAGAAGGUACUUCUGUUUCGCCACAGCUUUGUGGGUAUUGUGCGGCAAGCCUGUGGUGUUGUUCGCCGUUUUGAGUCCAAAUUCUGAACUCAGUGUCGCUUGC